ACACAAUAAUGUCUUUAAUUUUCCCCUCCAAUAUAUAAACUGCUCCGUGGUAGAGGGGCCCUCUACCCUCGCCUAACCUCGACGGUCUAGACGUGCCUAACUUAUCAAAGAUGAGACUAUCCUUAACCAGUUGUGUUGUAUUAGUAAUUCUUGGUGGAGCUAUUGGGUUUCAAUGCGACCAAAACGCAACGAUAUGCAGAACUUCUUUGGAAAUCACCGAGAAACUAACCAUGUUUCACGAAACUGAAAAAGCCGUCUACGCGAAAAAUGGUUCUUUAUAUAGAUAUGACGUAACAGACAUCAACCUUGCCAGACCCGUGAACUCUGGUGAAGUUAUCGCGGGAGAUGGGUGGGAAAAGCAAAGAAUGGUGGUUGUUGCCAAUGGUACAUUACCAGGACCCCCUAUCGUUGCCUACAAAGGUCAGGUUCUAGUAAUUCGCGUCAAGAACUCGCUCCCGUCUGAUACCGUUUCUGUGCAUUGGUACGGGAUAGAGCAAAGAGGUACCCCUUAUAUGGACGGAGCAAGCUUCAUCACCCAAUGCCCCAUCAAUCCCGGCCAAACCUUCACGUACACAUUCAGAGUUGAUGAAAGUGGUACUUUCUGGUACCAUUCAAGCGCAGGCGCACAGAGAGGUAAGGGAUUGUAUGGGGCUUUGAUAGUUCUGGAUCGAGAGCCUCCGGCUAAUUUAGAUAAAGUCGAUGGCGACUUUGUUCUACAGAUACAGGACUGGAAUCAUGAUUACGAUGCUGAACAAGGUUAUAUGCUUUCUAAAGACGGGGUUUAUGAGAAUAGGAGCCAAAUCUUGACAACAAGAUUGCCAAGAGGACGAAACAAUUCUCUUUGGAACGCUCAUUCGUCAUUGAUCAAUGGAAACGGACGGUAUUAUGACCCUCAAACCGGGAAACACAACGAAGCACCUCUGCGGGAUUUCAAGGUUCAGGAAGGAAAAAGCUACAGAUUUCGCGUUAUAAACGCAGCCUCUGUUUACUCAUACAGAGUUUCAGUGGACGGGCACAAUAUAACCAUCAUUGCCUCUGACGGCAAAAUGGUCGUACCUGUCGAGGUAGAAUCGUUUUGGGUUCAUCCCGGAGAGAGAUUCGACUUUUUAUUAGAAGCCACUGCAAGAAAAGGAAAAUACUUGAUUCGUGGGGUUGCAGAAGAUGCCAUCAACCCGAUACCCGCCGAAGCUGUUUUGCAUUACUUCGGAGCACGACCAGAUGUUGAUAUAAACUCUGAAAGGUCUCAGUGUAACGAGACUGAGCCAUGUACAGUGUUAAAUUGUCCAUUUCAAUUUUAUCUAAAUAAUCCAAAACUUCGAUGUCUUGCCAUUGAAGAAUUAGUUUCGGAUAUAUCAAAUGCAAUUCCUGAGUACCAAGAAGGUCACUUCCAGGAGUUCUUUUUGAAUUUUGCUAUACCAGGAGCAGAAACCUAUCCCGCUACCGUUAAUAACAUCCAGUUUUUACAACCAACUGUUUCGGCUCUAUCCCAGCCUAACGAAAUCAUAAAGCCUUGCUCUAAAAGUGGCUGUAAAGGGAACGAAACAUGUACGUGUACAAAUAUCCUAGAUGUGAUUCAUAACAACACGGUCCAAUUCGUGUUCAUGAACAUGGGUAAAAGACAAACAUCGCACACUAUCAGCAUGCACGGACAUUCCUUCUAUGUUUUGAAAAUGGGAUUUGCUAAUUAUAACGAAACAACUGGCGAAUAUAUUUCACAGAAUGAAGAUAUAAAAUGCGAAGGAAAUGCUACCGAGGAUGAAGCCUUUUGCAACGAGCCAUCAUGGACUAAUCCCGAAUGGCGCAACGGAAACGUCUCGGGUUUGAAUCUUGUCGACCCCCCGCAGAAGGAUACCGUUGUAGUCCCGUACGGUGGGUAUGUUGUACUGCGUAUCAAGGCCGACAACCCUGGGUUUUGGAUUAUAAAAAGUAAUUCUCUCCCCGAGUCACUGAACGGAAUGGCCGUGCUCAUGAACGAAUCUUUCUCGUAUUUGCCAGAUGUUCCGAAAAAUUUCCCAACCUGCAGGAACUUUGAAGGCAUAGAUCCAGAUGUUCUUUGGACGACACCUGAACCUGUGACGACCACGCCCAUACCUACAACAACCGAGCCACCCACUUGCGUGACUUCCGGAGACUGCCAUCGUCACACCUGGAAUAACGACAACUGUCUACACAAGUGGGAGUGUAUCAACGGAAUCUGUCACUGCAAUUCUAGUACAUGAGUCCUCACUGUUAAGUCGCCGUACUGUUACUGUAUGCCGUGUAAAGAGACUAGAAAGUGCCUUCUUUUUACCCUCAUGUGUAAUGCAAUUGUAGCAUUUUACAAUCAACAGAUUUGAACAAUUAUAGGAUUAGGUUUUUGUUGUUUCUAUUUCUAGAAUUUAUAAUUAUCACCGUGACAUUAACAAAUGCCGGAUUUAUACAUUAAGUGAAACAAUGUAGCAUGUAUACAGUAAAGAUGACAUUAUCAUAUCAA